UUCCUUUAUACCAAUUAGCGUAACAGUCAAUAUAGCAUGUAUAUGAGACAAACUUUCUGCCUGUCAACAAAUGAACUAGCACUCUAGAAGGGAGACCUAAGGACAUGAUAUGAGCUCUUAUAUACCUAUAUAUACACUUUUUCAUUUUCAAAUUUUUUAUUUCUAAAUCAACAUAAAAGCUAUCAUUUAUUGUUUACUAACAUUACACAUAUUUACUUUUCUUACGACUGGCUUCAGGGCAUGAUGUGUGGCACCUCCUUUAUUUGAUUUAUUUGGUUAUUUGAUCUAUUUGAAAUCAUUACUUCCCUAUAUCCCUAUUGAAUAUUUCUUACCUUACCCCAUCAGAGCACAGCUGUCCUUUGUGCAUGAUCUCUCCUUCCUAUAAGCGGUGCUUUAUGUACAUCUGUUCACACUAUUCCAAGAUAAAAUAUGUAAAGUGACUUCAUGUACCUGUCUUCUUCUUUGGAAAGUUAAUAUAUAUUUACAACUAUCCUAUUCAAACAUCAGACCUGCAUUUUUUUUUUAGCAUGGACAGACAUUGCUGGUUACUUUGUAAGGGCCAGUAGAAUAGUCAUAAGCUAUCACAACACUUCCAUACAUAUUUCUACCUCCACUAUUACAAACCAUGGAGGAGAGUAGGCUCAUUCCUGCGGACUUUGAUGAGGAUCGUAUAUUUUAUCUUCAUGUCGAUCCCCAAGCUGUUACACAUGAGUUACCCUCCCUAUUUUAUAGGAAGUUUAGGGAACUUCUUCGAGAUAGGAUGAUUGUAAUAGACAUGAAUGACAAUCAAAUUGAGCUAUCAUUGAGCAGAGGGUUUUCUACUGGCUACAUACUCCAUGGAUUUCAUAGUUUGGUCACAUGUUAUGGACUCGGCCAUGGUGGCUGGAUGAAGUUACUGUACGUCGGGGAGGACAUAUUUGUUGUUAUGAAGGUGAAGGACAGCUUCAUGAUGCAAAAAGAUUUCUCAUAUCCAGCUUCUAAUGUUUUGCACAGAAAUAAGCCACCAUCCAAUCACCUUUCUGCCCAACAAAUGCCACGAGUUUCGACUCCUUCAGAUUUGGUUCAUUCGAACAAUGCAGAUAUGCUAGUUCUAGAAGUUAAUUUGCAAAAUAGCUUUGUACAACAAACUCUACAUAAUCCCAUUGCCACAAUACCUCCCCCUGCUUCUAACGGGAACACCUCCGAGGUGAGAACUGCCUAUAAGAAAGAUCUUCAGCUCACAGGCUUCCAGGGACAGGAUGGUUUCCUUAGUACUUUUCCGCUGUCUAAGACUUUUCUUUAGAAAGACCUAGACCGCUCCGCUGCGAGCGCGUCACAUACCAUGCUUAACAAAUGCAACAAAUUUGGCCAGGAUCUAGCCCAAGUUUCCCAACAGGCAUUCCCAUACUGCAAUGGUACCAUCAAUCAUGUUUGUUCCAUUACUAAAGUACAAACUCACCUCCCCGAAAAAACCGAACCGAACCAAUACACUACACCGUUAACCACUGGUGGCCCCGACUCAAACAUUCAAGGACCUCAUGUUUAUCACUGCCUCAAGCUUCUGACUUCCAACCAAGUUAACAACAGUUCCAUGAUCAUUCCCCUUAGAUUUGCUGAGAGUGCAUUUCCUAGCAAACACAACCAUGUCAAGGUGAUUAUGGACAAUGGCUCUUGCUACCGCAUGGGGUUGAGGUGGAGCAAAAAAAAUAAAGCUGGGUUGUAUUUUACACGUGGUUGGAAGCUAUUUGCUAAAUACAAUGGGUUUAAAUCUGGUACUGUUUUGCAGUUUUCCGUUUUUUCAAAUGACGAGACGACGAUGCAUGUAAAGAUCCUUAAGAUGUGAAAAAUGGUAACAUUAGUUUGGGUUUCAGCCAGUGAGUAGUCAUCUAUUUUAGUUAGUUUUAAUUUCGUCAUUUAUAUUUAAUUCCAGAGCCAAUGUUAUAGCCAAGCUAUGAUUUCAGUACUUUGUUUCAUUAGAAUGCAAGUUUUUUUUGGUUCAUGUUCUUGGUUGUGCACACGUGUUUAAUUCCAUCUAAUCUAAUAUCCAAGUCAUGUUGAACUUUAUUUACUUCAUUGUUCCAACAUAAAUGUCGGCUUUUCCUU